AUGAAGCUUCUCACCCUCAAUUUCCUCACAUGCGCCCGCAAGACUUGCAAGUCAUCACCUGCAGCAUUUCCACUCCAUCCGAAAGAAGCAGAGCUGGAGCAAGUUGAAGUUGACCUGAAUCCACUUUUCAUCACGAACAUGCUGCCGAGACUGGAUUGGGAGGCUAUCAAGACUCUGAAUCAAGAACUCGGUCUACCAACCCUCCCAGCAGAGACACCAGGCGCUGAGGAACUCGCCGCCGAAGAUGGCGAGCCGACGCAAAUGCUGAAGGACUUGCAUACGCUGCUUAUGGAGACGAGUAUUGCGAGUGGAAAGCUGGCGUGUGGGAAUUGUGGCCAUGAGUAUGCCGUGAAGGAGGGUAUUGCGAACUUUUUGCUGCCGAGUCAUAUGGUCUGA